GUGUCUACACAGCUUAGGUUUCUAUUAUUAUGCAAUGGCUUAGAGGGCAGUGCUUUACCACAUAAUUAGAGAGCCAAUCUUUGUCAGGACCAGGAGGUUGGAUGCCUCUUUCUAUACCAACUAUUUACCUCUUGCCCACUUAAGACUCCUCCCUGACAUGCUUACUUGUUUAUUAGCUUCUUUUUGUACCCGACUGGUUUCUGUUUUUCUUGCUUUUCCUAUACUACAUAUUUGUUUAUUUCAGAGGUAAAGGGUCUAACUGAGUCACACCUUCAUGGAUUCCUGCAGUACAAAGCACUUGCUGUAUGUUGCAUCGUCAGAAGAGGAGUCUCAGGGAUUGACAUGCUUGGACCUCACUGAAUCAGGCUGCAUCUGACAAACAAUCUUGUCUGCAUUUUGGUUUGCUAGAGAUCAACUGGGAUUUUUCUGAUUCUAUCUAUUCUUUUGAAAAAAGGAUGCAUGGAAUAGAAAGAAGGUCUAAGUGCCUAUCUGAGACUAUCUUACCAAACCUGGGAUAAAUGUUACUUCUCAAAGAUACUGUUGCAUGAUUUAAAAUGGAAAAAUUGCUCUGCGGCAUCCUGGUGUUUGGAAUGGCUCUCACAGUCAAUGCUUGUCCUAAAUACUGUGUCUGUCAGAACCUGUCUGAGUCGCUGGGGACUUUGUGUCCCUCCAAGGGUCUCCUUUUUGUACCGCUGGAUAUAGAUCGAAGGACUGUUGAACUCCGUCUUGGGGGCAACUUUAUUAUCAAUAUCAGCCGACAAGACUUUGCCAAUAUGUCUGGACUUGUUGACCUUACUUUGUCCAGAAACACCAUUAGUUACAUACAGCCCUACGCUUUCACUGACUUGGAGAGCCUUCGGUCCUUACAUCUGGACAGCAACAGGUUGCCUGAGAUUGAAGAGGAUACCUUAAGAGGUUUAAUUAACCUUCAGCAUUUGAUUUUAAACAACAACCAGCUAAGCAGCAUUUCUGAUGAAGCCUUUGAGGAUUUUUUACUGACACUGGAAGACUUAGACCUUUCCUACAAUAACCUCCGAAACAUUCCCUGGGAAUCUAUAAGAAAAAUGAUAAACUUGCAUCAGCUCAGUUUAGAUCACAACCUAAUAGAUUAUAUAACAGAGGGGACAUUUGCAGAUCUUCAGAAAUUGGCCAGACUGGAUCUAACAUCCAACAGACUUCAGAAGCUCCCCCCUGACCCUAUAUUUGCCAGAUCGCAAGUUAUUCCAUUGGUUGUUACACCGUUUUCACCACCUCUGUCCCUCAGCUUUGGGGGAAAUCCACUGCAUUGCAACUGUGAGCUACUGUGGUUAAGGCGGCUUGAAAGAGACGACGAUAUGGAAACUUGUGCUUCUCCUCCAAGUCUAAAGGGAAGGUACUUCUGGUAUGUACGGGAAGAGGAAUUUGUUUGUGAGCCUCCUCUUAUUACACAACAUACUCACAAGCUGCUGGUUUUAGAAGGGCAAACUGCCACGCUGAAGUGCAAAGCCAUUGGGGAUCCCACUCCCAUCAUUCACUGGGUGGCCCCUGAUGACCGUCUCAUUGGAAACUCCUCAAGGAUAGCUGUCUAUGACAAUGGCACCUUAGAUAUACACAUCACCACCUCCAAGGACUACGGAACAUUCACAUGCAUAGCAGCCAAUGCUGCAGGAGAGUCCACUGCAACAAUUGAACUCUCAAUUGUUCAGCUUCCUCAUCUCAGCAACGGCACAGGCAAAACAGCUCCACCAAAAUCCAGGCUCUCAGACAUCACCAGCUCCACUAAGUCAAAUCGUGGUGAAACAAAAGGCCCACCAGAAAGGGCUGUCCUGGUGUCAGAUGUGACCACUACCUCAGCUUUGGUCAAGUGGACAGUCAGCAAGUCGGCCCCUCGGGUAAAAAUGUAUCAGCUGCAGUAUAACUGCUCAGAUGAUGAAGUCCUGAUCUACAGGAUGAUACCAGCUACAAACAAGGCCUUUGUUGUAACCAACCUUGUUUCUGGAACAGGCUAUGACCUCUGCGUCCUGGCAAUGUGGGAUGACACGGCCACAACCCUUACUGCCACCAAUAUUGUGGGAUGUGCCCAGUUCUUCACCAAAGAAGACUACCCUCAGUGCCAGUCGAUACACAGUCAGUUCCUGGGUGGGACCAUGAUUCUGAUCAUUGGAGGCAUCAUUGUGGCAACUCUGUUGGUAUUCAUUGUAAUUCUCAUGGUCCGAUAUAAGGUCUGCAACAAUUCCCAGGGGAAGAUGUCUAAUGUCAGCAAUGUCUACUCACAGACAAAUGGAGCACAACUAGUUCAGAACGGAGUCUUGCCCCAAGUCAAUCCCAAAGUGGUGGUGAGAAAUGAACUUAAGGAGUUUAACUGUCAAUCUGCACGGAGCAGCAUCUCUUCUUCCUCCAGCUCUGCAAAUAGCCAUGACUGUGACAACUACAGUCUCCAAAGUGAGCAGGGCACAUUGUCCAGUAAAUGGAGGCCUCCUUCCCGGUCAAAACACAAUAUUGACCGGCUAAUGGGAGCUUUUGCCUCCCUGGAACUGAAAUGUCAGAAAAAGGAGGAAAUGACAGACUCCAGAACUUCCACUGUGGCCCGCCACUCGGACAAAGAGCCACUGCUGGGCCAGACAGAGUCCAAUAUCCACAGCUUCCUCAUGUUGCCUCUGGAGGGCAAAACUAAACGUAGCCAUUCUUUUGACAUGGGGGACUUCAUCACAUCUCAGUGUUGCACCUACCCAAAAAAGAUAACCAACAUUUGGACAAAGAGGAGCCUCUCAGUCAAUGGAAUGCUUUUGCAGUAUGAUGACAAUGACCUAACAGGGGCAAAAGGGAUUUUCGGGAGCUCAGAGUGGGUAAUGGAAAGCACAGUGUAAAUAUCAGUGUCUCCCCACUUCUCCCCUCAUGUGUUAUAAAACAUUGUUUGCUUCAGGGCCAUGCACUUGGAAAGAGAGGGGAGGAAACAUUUUCUGUUGUACUGGCCAAAAAGGCAAACAAGCAAGUUACAGGAAUAGUAAAAGAGAAAGAGGGUCAUAAAAUGUGAAUAGGCACAUAUGGUACCAUUCCUGUCUGGCCCCAGCUAAAUCUUGUGUGAAUGUUUCAAGGAAUUUGCUAGUUGUAUUUAACAUUGCUUUCCAUAAAUUGCUCAGACUCUUGGUGAACCUUCACACAAGACUAAACAAGGAGGAUGAAAAGGGGUUUAACAGCAGAAAUUUAAUUUUACAGGGUUUCUUUUUACCUUUUACCUUCUUUCUUUCUUUUUUUAAUGGUACUUUUUUUUUUUUUUUUUUUUUUUUUUUAACCACAGAAAUACACUUCUGUGGAUAUUACUGGUGCUAGGAUAUAUCUGGUUGUCAUUGCAAGGGAUUUUCUCAAAAGUGCAGACAUAGCACCCACAGGGGCAGAUCAGAGUAAACUGUUCAGCAUAAUCUCAUGGUCUUAACUGUGACAUCUAGGCAAACAAUAUUUGUUGUUGGAUGGACUUUUGGUUGGUAUUCAAUUAUUUCUGUUCUGUUUUGAUAUGUUACUGCUUUUGAGUUGUUUUUUUCCCACAAGACAAGGUAUGUUUCUAUGCAUAUUUUGGUUUUGUUUUCAGUCUCAUCAUAUCCCCCAGAUGGAAAAGAGGAUAUGUACAAAGGUCAACUAUCUGAUGUAGUGUAUAACCCACUUCUAAUAUUAUCCCUUUUUGUCCAAAGAAAAAUUAAAUCUAGGGACAAAUAAUAAAAGAAAAAUAUCAUGCUUGUUCAUCCAUCUUCUUCAUAACCUCUUCUUGUCAAUGCUCAAGGCAGAUUGCAGCAGAUCUUUAUAUCUGUAGGGAUGUUGCUAUCAAAGAUGGGGAAAAUAGUUAUCAGGAUACCCUAUUAAAGGAUAAAGAAAGGGAAAGCAAAAGUAGCUCCUGAACUCUCUUGUCUGUAUCAGUAACAUCAAGAAAAAUAAAAUUUUUGUAUAUUUCAGGGGAUUGGUUAUGUUCCAAAUUAGCCACAGAAGCUGAGUUAAAUUUGAGUAUCUCAGAGCAGGGGAUGUCCCAUGUAUCCCUUGUAUAACAUAUAGCCCUUCCUCAGUCUGAUGCACUCCUACUCCUAUCUCUCAUCCUCAGGAAGAUACUUAUAACAGGAGCUCUUCAGGGUUUGUAAAUGGAUUCUCAGAUUGGUUUUUGGUGAGCAUUUCUGUGGUUGUAGAAAUACACAUGGCCCAUCCUGCAGAAUUUAUUUUCCUUACCAAUUUUACUGCGAUUUAUAGCAUUCUGCUGGCUAUUGCAAUUGUCCUGUCAUUUGUUUAUUUAUUUGUUUGAUCAGCUGUUGGGGAACCAUUCUGAAAUUCCACAUUGCUACUAUGAUUUUGUAAAGGAGCUGGACAAAGUGUGCAAGGCACAGAGAAAAUAACACAUGAAAAAACUCUGUAUUUUUUUUAAAGGUUCAGAGAUACAUUGUGACAUGGCUGUGUACUUGAUCUUGUAUUUGUCAUGUUUCCUACUUGGAGUUUUAGAUAAUGAUAUUCCUGUGAUCAAAAUAUUUUCCCUUAAUUUUCUUUCUCUUUUUUUUUCUUUUUUUUUUCUACAAAAUGUACAGUAAAAAACAUCCUUGGGGGAAAAAAGUACCUGCUUUUCAUUUAUUUGUUAUUCCGUGGUCUGCUUUGAAACCUAAGAAGCAAUUAUUUUUAAAAUUAUCUUUAAAAUGUAGAUAUUUGGUUUUUCUUUCCCACAAACUAUCUUUGAUGUCAGUAUUUUAGGUAUAAAGCAGGAAUCAAGAAAUACGUACCUUUUUGGAAUGCAUGAGAAAAGAUCUUGUAAAAGGCAUUUCAACUCUUUUUCUGUUGUUAC